AUGUCGACUGAGAAGGCCACACAAGCCAUUCCCUGCUCUACACCGGGGUCACCUAACACUGCGGAGGGGGCUACUUCUUUGCAGGAGCUGCGGAGCCAGAUUGCUGCUCAAGCCGGCAGACUUAUACUUGUCAGCGAGAAGAAGCACAGCAAUGGCUAUAGCGUCUACUACCAGCCGGCGGCCAGCAGCGAAAACAUCUGCCAGAAAUAUUACGAAGAAGUGCUGCAGCGGUGGCAACAGCGCUACAAAAAGGGAGAUCGUCCUGGAGUUGAGAAAAAGCUGAGGGAUGCAGAGGCCCGAAGAGCCACAAUAAGGCAAGACACACUCGAGAGGCUGGCAAAACACAUGCUACGCAUACAGCAAGCGUUGGGCAAGAGGCAGGAGCUCUUCAACUCCAAAUGUACACAAACACAAAAGGCAAGCAAUAACGCGUUAGCGAGGGUGCUGGAGGCACUGCACCGGCGCGCUAAGAGGCAGCAGGAGCUCAAAAACAAAUUCAUGGAACUGUACAAGAGGAGUGCAAGGAACCGCGAAGAGGUCAAGCGCCGGGCAGCGGAGCUGCAGCGGCGCAUAGAAGCACGAGAGAAGCAAGCACACGCCUUGCGCUGUGAGCAGCUCCAAAAGAAACGAAAGAAGGGAUCCGCAGCAGCAGUAGCAGACAAGACAAACAAUGCCUCUUCAUCCGUCACAACUGAAGCAUAG